AUGUGCGGCAGUUACUACGGCAACCUUUGUGGCUACGGCUGUGGGCUCGGCCCCUACUAUGGCUGGGGGUGUGGAACCGGCUACGGCUGUGGAAACUCUUGUGGCGGCUGCGGCUACGGCUGCGGCUACGGCUGUGGUUACGGCUCUGGCUACGGCUGUGGUUACGGCUCUGGCUACGGCUGUGGCUACGGCUCUGGCUACGGCUGUGGCUACGGCUCUGGCUACGGCUGUGGUUACGGCUCUGGCUACGGCUGUGGCUACGGCUCUGGCUACGGCUGUGGUUACGGCUGCGGCUGCGGCUGCGGCUGCGGCUGCGGCUGUGGCUCCGGCUGUGGCUGCUGUACCUUCCGACCGUUUUGCUACCGAAGAUGCUGCUCCUUUUGCUGGUAG